GAGCCAGGAUACAAGGGGUAGAAGAGUUUGCUAGACUGGAAGGUCCAUAUGGACUCUGACAACUCUGAACAGCUUCAGAGCCAGGCUGGUCUUCUUCCUAGUGUAAACUUUGGGGUGCAGAUUUCUGGAUCUAUUAAGAACUUUUGAAAAAAAAAAAAAAGGGAAAAAGGUGGGAAUUCUCUUGCCGGGCAUGCAAAAUCUACAGUUAGAAAAUCAGGGGGAACACGAUGUCAACAUCGUCAACAGAAAACGAUCCUGAGGAUGUCAACCAUCGCAGCUUCUGGAUGCCUGGGAACUAUCAUCGUACUGUGAAGCGCACAGAAGAUGCCUUCCAGGCCUGUAACGACAUCGUGACGUGUUUCCAGGAAAGAGCCCGUGUGGAGAGGCAGUACGCCCUGCAGCUCAACGAAUGGCACACCAAAUGGAAACCAGUUGUGGACUCAAGUCCUCUCUAUGGGUCUCUUUUAAAGGCUUGGCAGUGUUUUCUGUCCUCUGCUGACCGGCUUGCCUCUUUACAUGCCUCCAUCUGUCGCUCCCUGGUAUCGGAAGAUGCAGACCGGGUCAGAACCUGGCAGAAGGACACUUUUCACAAGAAGUUAUUUGGAGGCUUCAAGGAAUCCCAGGAUAUUGAGACAGGGUUUGCACGGGCUCAGAAGCCCUGGGCAAAACGGCUUAAAAAGUUGGACAAAGCUAGAAGAGUGUACCAUAAGGUGAGCCGUAAGGAGCAUGCUGUUAAGGAGAGAGACUUGCAUGCUCAGGGAAACCCAGAUGUGUCUAUUGACAAACAGAAGAAGAUCCAAGAGGAGAGAGAACUGGCUCAGCAGGAGGCUGAGAAGGUCCGUAUUCGCUAUGAGAAGGUCCUGGAGGAGGUGAACAAAUAUGUUCCCCGUUACAUGGAGGAGAUGGAGUCAGUUUUUGACCAAUCCCAGGACGAGGAGAGAAAGAGGAUUAUGUUUCUCAAAGAGGCCUUCCUCUCCAUCCACAAACACCUGGACAUCACCAACAAUGAGUGUGCGUGGGGCGUGUACAAUGAGCUCCAUAACACCCUGAUGGGGAUCGAUGAGCAAGAAGACCUUCGCUGGUGGAAGAACACUCAUGGACCUGGCAUGCCCACCGACUGGCCUCACUUUCAGGAAUUUUCACCUGAGAAGAAAGCCAAAAAGGAGAAAAAGGAGGUGGAAAAGCAGGAGGUGGAAAAGAAAGGAACGAUAGAGAAGAGUGUGAUGAUUGGAGGAGUGAGAGUGAGAGCUCUGUACGAUUACGUUGGUCAGGAGACAGAUGAGCUCUCCUUUAAAGCAGGUGAGGAGUUUUUGAAGAUCGAGGAUGAGGAUGACCAGGGCUGGUGUCGGGGCAAGAAGCACGAUGGCUGGGAGGGGCUUUACCCUGCCAACUAUGUGGAAGUGGUAUAGUCACCGAAAGCAGAAUGGAAACGUAACAAGCAUCAUACUGCUGCUCUUUGCAGCCUGCUUCUGAUCCGAACAUCAGAAACAUAAAGAAAAUGCUUUCAAAAUAAACACAGAGAUGUCAUAAAUGAAAGCAUGAGCCCGAUUUGAGAUAUUUUUUAACAUGCAGAUUUGAAAGAUUUUUACCUUCCUGAAGGAUUGUAAUGAAUGUUUAAUGACUAUGAUACAUGCAAGUGUUUCCAUUAUGUAACCAUAACAACUAUAUGCUGGAGUAUAAAGUCACACUAAGACAUUUGGCACUGAA